AUGGAAGAUUUUGGUAACCUUACAUAUCAAACUGGUUUUGGAAAUGAAUUUGCUACUGAAGAUCAAAGAUGUGUAGGUGCAUUACCAGAAGGGCAAAAUAGUCCACAAAUGUGUAAUUAUGGAUUGUAUGCUGAACAGUUAAGUGGUACUGCUUUUACUGUUGGAAGAAAAGAUAAUCAAAGAUCAUGGCUUUACAGAAUUCGUCCUUCUGUAAUUCAUAAACCAUUUAUUUCAUUACCUAAAGAAGAGAUACCACAUUUUACUAAUGAUAGUAGUAAAGUUUAUUCUAAUCCAAAUCAAAUGAGAUGGCAUCCACAUCCAUUACCUGAAAAUGGUAAUAAUAUUGAUUUUAUUCAAUCUCUCUAUACAUUUUGUGGAGCUGGUGAUGUAAAAAGUAGAAAUGGAAUUUAUAUUCAUAUGUAUUCUUGUAAUGUUUCAAUGGAAAAUAAAGUUUUUUACAAUUCAGAUGGAGACUUUUUAAUUGUUCCACAGGAGGGAUCUCUUUACAUUACAACUGAAUUUGGUCGAUUAAAAGUUGAUCCAUUAGAAAUUGUAGUUAUUCCACAAGGUAUUCGUUUCUCUGUUGAUAUUAAAGGUCCUUCUCGUGGAUAUAUACUUGAAGUAUUUGGUACACAUUUUCAACUUCCUGAUCUUGGACCAAUUGGAGCAAAUGGUUUAGCUAAUCCAAGAGAUUUUAAUUAUCCUGUUGCUUGGUAUGAAGAUAAAGAUGAACCAUAUGAAAUUAUUUCUAAAUUUCAAGGAGAAUUUUUUUCAGCUACUCAAGAUCAUUCUCCAUUUGAUGUUGUUGCUUGGCAUGGUAAUUAUGCACCAUAUAAAUAUGAUUUAACAAAAUUUAUGGUUAUUAAUACUGUAUCAUUUGAUCAUUGUGAUCCUUCUAUUUUUACCGUUUUAACUGCUCCUUCUACCAAACCAGGUGUAGCUAUUGCUGAUUUUGUUAUUUUUCCUCCAAGAUGGGGUGUUGCUGAUCAUACUUUUAGACCACCAUACUAUCAUAGAAAUUGUAUGAGUGAAUAUAUGGGAUUAAUUAAAGGAGUCUAUGAAGCAAAAGAAGGAGGUUUCAAACCAGGUGGUAGUUCUCUUCAUUCUAUUAUGACACCACAUGGUCCUGAUUAUACAUGUUUUGAAGUUAACAGUACAACAAAACUUGCUCCUCAAAGAGUUGCUGAAAAUACUAUGUCAUUUAUGUUUGAAAGUUCUUUAAACAUGGGAAUAACAAAAAAUGGAUUACAAAAUAAUUUGGAUUUAAAUUAUCAUAAAGAUUGGCUUCCACUUAAAAAACAUUUUACAGGAAAAAAAUAA